AUGCCGUCCGACGACCCGCGACCGCGACCCGCCGCCGCCUCCUCCUCCCCGCCCGAGGCUGAACCCGAGCAGAGCAGGCCUGCCGAUACGCCGACGGCAGACGAGAAGCAAUCGCGAGAGCCGAGCUCUGCGCCCACAGACGAACCCCGCGACCACGACGCCGACGGCGACGCCGACGGCGACGCUUCGAGCUCCGAAGAGUCCGGCGAGGCCAGCGAGAGCGCGUCCCCCGCGCCUGCCUCAGAUGCGCCCCCUCUCCCCAACGAAGCACCUCCGUUACCAUCAGGACCGCCUCCCGCGACGGAAGACGACGGCUGGGACUUCCAGUGGGAUGCCACCUCCCAGGCUUACUUCUUCUACAACCGCUUCACCGGCGCGACACAGUGGGAGAACCCGCGCGUAGCGUCAGCAGCCUCGACUUCAACCACAACCACCACAACCGCAGCAGCAGCGCCCGGCACAGACGCGGCGACGUCGGCACCGCUGCCCUCCGGUCCUCCUCCUCUCCCCUCGAACGACCGGCCCGCCGCGGGCGGCUACAACCCCGCCAUCCACGGCGACUACGACCCGACCGCGUGGUACGCGCAGGCAGACAAGCCGGACGAGGGCGACGAGGCGGCGCAGCAGGCCGCCGCGCUCGCGGAGCAGGGCUACGGCGCCGUCGCCCAGUUCAACCGUUUCACGGGCCAGUUCCAGGCCCCCGGCGACGACCCCGGGCGGCACACGGACGAGGCCAAGAGCAGGCGGCAGAUGAACGCCUUCUUCGACGUCGACGCCGCGGCGAACUCGCACGACGGGCGCAGCCUCAAGGCCGAGCGCAGCGGCAAGAAGCCGUCCAAGCAGGAGCUGAAGCAGUUCAAGGAGAAGCGGCGCGCGAGGAAGGAGGAGAAGCGCAGGGCUUGGCUGAGAGAUUGA